AUGGGCUCUGGAGGCCGCCUCCUGAUACUACUGCUACUGCUGCUGUUUAUCCUGAGUCAGGACCACAAUAAGCUGCUGGCUUUUUUCCGCAUGAAAUAUGGCUGGAAGUGCCCCCGAAUCAGAGCAAAGUGUCUUUUCAGAGAGAAUAAUGAUUGCGUCAAUGACAAGGAUUGCAAGGCCCAGGAGAAAUGUUGCCUGUUCAGCUGUGGAAUGAAAUGUAUAGACCCCACUGAAGACCCAUGUGACCGGAUCGUCAAGACUAAACAUUGUCAGCACACUUUGACCCGAUGGUACUAUAGCAUUAAAGAAAAUGAAUGCUACCCUUUCGAGUACAACCUCUGCACUGAUAGCAAAAACAGCUUCCAGUCUCAUGAUGUUUGCAAGAGAACCUGCUUGGCAUUUG